UAGAGAAUUCAAACGGUCAAAGAGAACGAUCCCCGGUAGGAAGUCAUCCCACUAUUUCUCGCCCGUACGCAAGAUAGAGGCAAAUAGGCCUAGGCUGGUACUUGUUUCACCAAAUCUUCCGUAUAAUUUUUUUUCUAACCAAAAAGAAAAACCCUAAUUUCUCAAACCCCUGGUAUCCACAACCAAACCCGUAAUAUCUUCUUCAAGAUUUCUGUAUUCCUUUGGGUGAAUCCAGGGGAUGAAGCUGAUGGAGUAUUUCAACAUUCUCCCUGUUGAGAUAACAUUAGACAUUUUCAAGCGUCUACCCAUUGAAACCCUUAUAGAAUGUAAAUUGGUUUCCAAAACAUGGAAAAAUCUCAUUCAUGAUCCAAACUUCACUGUGAUGCACUUCUUUCGUAUUUUUGAUUCUACCACAGAUCAUCUGAUUGAGAUGGUUCACAAGUUGAAUGCACUCAAAGAAAUUUCUGAACAUGAAUUUGAGAAAUGGUACAAGACAGAAGAGGCAUAUCAGAAUUUUAUGGACUUCCAUUUCCAACUUCUUCAGGAAUUAAGGCAGACUUCUACGUCUAUGCAACACGUUGUAAAUGUAAUGGAGACUAAUGGUCGGGAGUUUACUGACUUGGUUUUAAAGUUUAAAAAUAUAGAAAGUAAAGCUAAAGAUAGUUGUCGCAUUUGUGCUAAAGAGAGCCGGAAGAUGUUUAUGCAAAAUUGUAGGUUGUACAAUGAGUUUCUAGACUCAAAAGGAAAUGUUAGAGUGUAUUGCCGUGUACAACCGUGCUUAGACAAAAAUCGGACAAUUAUACAACUCAUUGGCGAGGAUGGAGAGCUUGUUAUUGCAGACCCUUCCAUACACACAGAUGAUGGUCAUAGGUCGUUCAAGUUUAACAAGGUUUAUGAUCAACCAGCUACUGAGGAGGAAGUAUUUUUAGAUACACAACCAGUGAUAAGAUCUGUUGUUGAUGGUUACAAUGUAUGCAUUUUCUCUUUUGGCCAAUCUGGCUGGGAGAAGACUAACACUAAGACUGGCCUUGAUGCAUCAUCCACAGAGGAUUGGGGUAUCCAUUUCGAAGCCCUUAAUGUUCUUUUCCAAAUGUCCUGGAAUAGAAGAAGCUCAUUUUCAUAUAAAAUUGACGUUCAAAUGGUUGAAAUCUAUAAUGAACAAGUCCGUGAUUUGCUACAAACAGGUGGCUCUAAUAAGAUCUGUACUAGCUCGCAACCGAAUGGGUUAACUGUUCCUGACGCCAGCAUGCACUCUGUUGAAUCAGUCUCGGAUGUCCUAAAAUUCAUUCGAAUUGGACUAGCAAAACAGGCAAGAGGUCUCACUGCUAUCAAUGAGAGAAGUAUUAGAUCGCACAGUAUUCUUGCAGUUCAUGUGCAAUGCACGGACUUGGUUACAGAGGCCAUACUGCGUGGUAGUCUCCACUUAGUUGAUCUUGCUAGAAGUGGAAGUAUUGACUGCUCUCAGGUAACUAGGGGCAGACUCCGGGAAGCACAAUACAUAAACAAAUCAUUAUCUUCCCUUGGCGACGUUAUGUUUUCUCUAUCCCGGAAGAACGAUCAUGUACCUUACACAGAUAGCCAACUAACUCGGGUACUUCAGAGGUCUCUAGGUGGUCAGGGAAAGACUGCCAUGUUUGUGCAACUUAAUCCUGCUGUUGAUGCAUACUCUGAGACUCUAAGUACUUUAAAAUUUGCUGAAAGGUUCUCCGGGGUUGAUUUGGGUUCUGCAGAGACUUAACAGACCAGACACACUGUGAUCCCGCACAAGCAGAUUUUACUUUCUUUUCUUUUGCCAAAGAGGAGUCUCACAUUGCUUUGGUUUAUGGGAAGGAAAUGAUUAGUCCGAGCAACAACGCUGAUGGAUAUAGGUUUGAUGCUUGCCGACCCUAGUCGAGAUUGCAGAUUGAUCAAUCAGCAUUUCUCAAGCAAACCCUUAGCAUUCGAUAACUUCCUUGCAGCUGUCUGCAUCAUUUUUUGUCUUAGAAUUGUAAGCAUUUCUGUUUUUGUCCAAAUGUUCUCGAAUUAGAUGAGCUAGUUGGUUUUAAAUUUUGUUCACAUAAUAGAUGAGCUAUUUCUCCAAUUAAGAGAUUUUUCUAGAAUUACCCUUUUAAUUGAUUAUCGUUACUACAAGAAAUAUGUAUAAUUUGAUAGUCAUGUUUAUAU